UUCAACACGAGGCGAACACAAUGGCACAACGUGUUUGACUACGCUCCCGGGAUUUAACCGUUUUACCUGAAAUAAGUAUAUUUUCACAAUGGCAGAAGAAAAGUACAUAAAGAUCGCCGAUGACUACCAAGGCUACCCACUGGACAUGUUCUGUAUACCCAAGCACUAUGAACAGGACCUGCAGCAUGUGCUCAUUCCCUCAGGACUUAUCAAUGACAGGAUAGAGCGUCUGGCGAGAGACAUCAUGCGUGACUUCUCUCAUGAAGCCAUUGUAGGCCUGUGUGUCCUAAAGGGGGGCUACAAGUUCUUCACGGAUCUUCUCGACAAGCUCAAAGCGCUCAACAGAAAUAGUGAAGUUUCCGUUCCCAUGGCCGUUGACUUCAUUCGGUUAAAGAGUUACAGGUCUACCUACGGAAGUAAAGAGAAUGAUAUCUCAACAGGGAACAUCGAGGUUAUAGGGGGAGACAACCUGGCUAAUCUUGAAGGAAAGAAUGUGUUGGUGGUGGAGGAUAUCAUCGACACAGGCGGCACGAUGACGCAACUGCUGGCACUUCUGAAGGAAGUCAAGCCCAAGUCUGUCCGAGUGGCAAGUUUGCUGGUCAAGCGGACGCCCAGGAGUGUAGGAUACAGGCCAGACUAUGUGGGCUUUGAAGUUCCAGACAAGUUUGUCGUAGGCUACUCUUUGGACUUUAACGAGUACUUCAGAGAUCUUAGUCAUAUCUGUGUCAUCAAUGACAAUGGCAUCAGCAAAUACUCGGUGAAGAGAUAGGCUAGAGGGCAGCCAUAUUGUUUUCUACAGCAGCAGAUAAGGGGAGAUCAUUCCAGUCUUGACAUCUCAGGUCUGCAGUGUGACACUCAACACAUCCUACGACAAUUUGUUCUGUUUAUUGAAACAUUUGUUUUCGAUAAAUGGUUAUAAAGACAUUAUAUGUACUUUAUAUGUACAUUAUGUGAAUUAAGAAGAUGAUAUUAUCCAAAUUGAUGAAACAGGUUUUAGCUGUUCAAGAUCUGUUACAAUGUGGCAUAAUUUGUUUAUGGCUUAUGUAUCCAAUCCAAAGGAUAAAAGAUCUACGUUGCAGCAGUUCUUUCUUUUCUGUACCUGUAACUGAAAUUAGUGUUUGUUUGUUGAACUUUAUAUGUUGUUGUCUUUGUGACUAUUUCAUGCAUCCUCAAUAAUCUCCAGGUUAUACGUUCCGAUAAAUCCCGACUAGUACCCAGGAUGCAUCUACGGCUUGGUCUGAUAAUUUCAUUACCUCCCUUUACUGGCUCCACUUUCUCACAGUAGCCAAUCAGAUAAGCCAUUACAACCGAGCUUGCCAGUGAUGGUUUGCUUGCUGUGUGACUCAGAUUUAGGAAAAAAACAUUCAGAUUUUCCUGAUCGGGAGUCAUCUUUUCUAUGUUGAAGCGAGAACACAUCCUAUUGAAGUCAAUUAUUUUGGCCCCCAUUACUAUUUACUGAAGAAGCGGAAGUGAGUUGUGAUAGAAACCUUGUGACUGGUACGCUCAAUUUACCAGCACAGGCACCUGAUUGGAUAAAAAGCCAAGAAAGGGAGGUAAUGAAAUUAUCGGGCUGAGCUUAGACGCAUCCAGGGUACUAGUGGAGAUGUACUAGUGUACCCUUGAGAUUAUCCUGGAUGAUUCUAAUGAUGCAUUUGAAUAAAUGUGGUUCGUUUUUGGAAAACAUAUUUUGAUAAAGUAAUCUUGGGCUCUUUCUGUGAGUGACCAUGCUAUAAGUAUCAUCUAUAUUCAAGAGUUGGGGGUUACAAGAGUUUAAAUGUCUAGGUUACUUUAAAGAUGGUGACUGGAUUCAAAACUCUUUUUGUAAAAUCUCUUCAAGUUUUAUUCUGAUCCAGGGUCCAUAUGAAACAUGAAAGGUAUUUCUGCCAAUUUUCUGUGAAGCAAUGUCUCCUGGUCUCUUAAUCUGACACUAGCAAAAAUCUCCAUAGUCUAGUUGUAUUCUACCAUAAAUCAUUUUCUUUAACCUUUGGUCUGAAACAAGCCUGAUUUUGUUUUGGAGACAUUUUACUGUAGAGAUAUACAAUAAAUAUUGCAAACAUGAAUUAAACACCUCCUGCAUCAUUUGAUCUCAUGCAUGGCUUUGUUGGUUUGUGUGUGUGUGUGUGUGUGUGUGUGUGUGAGAGAGACAGAGUAAGAGUAAAUGACCCCCCUAAAAAUUAUGUACAAAGUAAGUUACCACCUUGCAUGUCCUGUUUUUUUAUCAGUGACAACAUCCCCCUCCCCAUCCCAUAAUUUGUAAGCAUGUUUUAAACAUGUUUUUAUGUACAAAAUUGCUGACACCCCCCACCCCCAAAAGUACAUGUGUACAGAAUGGAUGACCCCUCCUUAAGAUCAUCAUCACCCCACUAGCCAUAAUUUGUGAACGGUCCCUAAUGAUAUCAUCCUUGAUUUUCUUGUGCAAGUUGUUAAAUUGAUGUCAAUUAUGAAAACUGGGAUUAGUACAAACAUAGACCAUUCAGCCCUAUUUCACCUAGACACAAGAUUUUCAGUGUUUUGUGUUCAGUGUCCCACUGCCAUGGUGUAAUUUAGAACUUAUCUCACUCACUGAAUCACUCAGUUGCCAAUUGUAAUUAUUUUUGUUUAAUAAGCAUUUCACAACUAUUUCAUCAUCCACUAAAACAUUAUGAGGUCUCUAUGCAGAGUUGCUUCCCUUUGGAGUGCCAAAAAUCCUGUGAGUAGGUUUCGAUCUCUGGUUCUGCUGGUAAUGUUUCUAGGUUGCCGGUAUCAAACCCUACUGGGGGUGUGACCAAAAUGGUAAGUGUCAAACACCGGCAUCACCACAUACUUUUCUCCCACGCCAGUCUGCCCCAAAGUUCUAAAAAGGAAAUACUAGUCAAAGUGGUGGUAAAGCAAAUCCACAUACUAGCUCACUCACACUAACUCGCAUUUAUCUGUGACUAUGUAGUAACAGUAAAGGUGCUAUUUCAGUGUUUAUUAAAAAUGAUUCAAGGGCAUUUAUUUUUACAGCUACUUUGAUGUACAAUACCAACUGUCUCCAUGGUAACUCAACCUCCUUAUCAUAACAUUAUGCCCUAUAAUGUUUCUACAUAUGUUGUGUAUUCAAAGAAAAAUAUAGUCAGUCAUCAACAGAAGAAACUGUCAUCACAUCUGCAUUUGUCGUGUUGUGAUUUCUACAACUCUAAAUUCCUCUCUGAAAGAAUGAAUGUAAACUGGUAUAAAGAUUCCUAAGAUGUUCUUCCGUUUUAAUAGUAAAGGAACCAACAAGCUAAUUAUUUGGAUUCUUCCUGGCACUUCUCGUGAUUCUCAAAAGGUCAUGAUGAUAUGUCUGAUUUGUAUUUGUUUUUAAGAUAUUUGUGUUUGAAAUAUAAAUUACAUUGAGAUGUGAAUUUCACAUACUUAAAGCAUGAUCAGUAUUUCAGGGUUUGUGUAACUAUGUUCCUUGUGAAUACAUAGGUCAUGAUGUAGCAGUGUUUGCUAUUAUCUGCUAUGUAAUGACUCCGAUAUAUGGAAUGUUACAUAAGUUCUCUUUAGAUACCAAAUUUACAAAACGAAAGUGAACUUCUAUUGUAGCUAACUAAGCAAAACCAAGUUCAGAUGCAAAAGGCUUUUCAUGAGUUUUGUAAAAUUUUAUAAACAAUGAGAACGAGUUUGGGAUUGUAUUUCUUACCCACAUUUUAAGUAGAAUUUUUAUGCGUGUAAUUAUUUUGAACUGUUUGAGAGGCAUUCUAGAUGUUGUAAGUAAUAGGAAUGACAGGUUUUAUGGAUGAUCAACUUUUAUUGUACAAUAGCUUAUGCGUUUGGUAGAGAUAUUCGCACCGCUUUCAUGGUUAUCUCUACCAAAACGUUGCUAUUGCACAAUAAAGAAGUUGAUCAACCAUAAAGUCUUGUCUUUCCUGUAUUGUUUUGUCUUGUGUCCACGACCUGAAACUGGUUUGAGAAAGAGUGACUAGGUGUAGUGACCAUGAUUAUCCAAUCAAGUGCUCGAAUCGGGAUCAACCCUAUAUGACAGAGGUCAACCUUGUACAUCACAUAUGUGUCAUACGAGUUUUGUUUCAUAAUGUCUAUUUGAUGUAAUAAGCACUUCAGGUGCCUUGAAAAUUGACAAAGAAGAGCUUAGGAAACACAAAUUCUUUUGUGGAGUUGUAAAGAAGAAGGCUAUUGUGAAUUCAGGGUCUUAAACAAUAAUAUCGAUAUCAGAUAUAUUGUAAUUUUUUAUGUUUGUAUUUUGUUAAUUUGAUUUCACAAUAGUCAUUUUUACACUAUAAUACUGUUAUUAAUGGAAACAAAUAUGUACCUGCAUGUAUGAUGAAAUAACAUGGCCAUUUACCGGUAGGCAUAAUAUGUUGUGAUGCAGGUGGCCAAGUUGACUCGGCACUGCUAUUUACAGUUAUGUCCCUUAGGGAUGCUAGGAUCCUGUUGUAGUGGGUUCAAUCCCAGAUUUUAUUUAGGUUUCAAGGUUUCUUUCCACCAUACCUAUGCAUUUGGGUUUGGCCACAGCAGAAAGGUGUUACACCUUCUUCUCUAUGGGAUUUCCUCAAGCUGGCAAGCUGUCUUCAAAACAGCCCAAAUCUCAACUCCUGCAUCUUGAUUGUGUUAGAGAGCAAAGAGACUUUUUGAAAAAUUCAUGAUAUUAGUUGAUGUAUUUUUGCAAAUGUCACACAGCUAUGUGGGAAUAAAAAAUAUAUCAUGUA